UGCGCAGCCGCUCCUUGCGGCGCUGGGGCUCCACAUUGGCGGAAGGAGUCGUGGAGCGAACCAUAGAGAGGGCAGAGAUGGAGACGGCGGCAAGAGAAGAAUUAGAUCUCGAAGUAAUGAAGCCGUUAAUAGCAGAGCAGAAUUCGGACAGCGAAGAUGAGAAUGAAAAUGAAUUGCUGCCGCCAGAGAAGAAGUAUCAACUCGAUAACCAGGACAGCAUUUCGUUUGUACAGACACUCACUCAUCUCCUCAAAGGAAACAUUGGAACUGGACUUCUAGGCCUCCCGCUUGCAAUAAAAAACGCAGGCCUUCUGCUUGGGCCAUUCAGUCUUUUGUUCAUUGGGAUUGUAUCCAUCCACUGCAUGCACAUUUUGGUGCGAUGCAGCCAUUACCUAUCCCAAAGAUUUAAAAAAACUACCUUAGGGUAUAGCGACACAGUUAGCUAUGCGAUGGAAGUGGGUCCCUUUAACGUAUUGCAGAAACGAGCUUCUUGGGGAAGAUAUGUUGUGGACUUCUUCCUUGUGAUUACGCAGCUGGGCUUCUGCAGCGUUUAUAUUGUGUUCUUGGCAGAAAACGUGAAACAAGUUCACGAAGGCAUUGUUGGAAAUAAAUCUGGUGUGAACGCCACAGGAACCAGUGGCCCUUCAGACAAAAGGACUAUUGAUCUGCGAAUAUAUAUGCUGUGUUUCCUCCCUUUUACUAUCCUCUUGGUCUUUAUCCGCGAUCUUCGGAGUCUGUCUGUGCUCUCACUCCUCGCAAACAUAGCCAUGGCCAUCAGUCUUGUGAUCAUUUAUCAAUAUGUUAUCCAGGGUUUAUCCAUUCCUCGAAAACUGCCUCUAGUGGCUGAUUUGAAGAGGUACCCGCUUUUCUUUGGCACGGCUGUCUUCGCUUUUGAAGGAAUAGGAGUGGUCCUCCCCCUCCAGAACAGGAUGAAAGAAGUUGACCGCUUCCCAAUGGCCCUCAACAUUGGCAUGGCAAUUGUGAUGACCUUGUAUGUCUCGUUGGCCACCCUGGGGUAUAUGUGCUUUGGGGACGAAAUCAAAGGCAGCAUCACUCUGAACCUGCCGCAUGCAUGGUUGUACCAUAUGGUCAAGAUCCUCUACUCUUUUGGGAUUUUCAUUACCUAUUCGAUUCAGUUCUACGUCCCGGCUGAGAUCCUCAUUCCGGCCGUUGCUUCCCGGGUGCAGCAGAAGCUGAAGCUGUUCUGCGAGCUGGCGGUCAGGGCGCUCUUGGUCUGCUCAACUUGCGUUCUGGCUGUUUCAGUCCCUCGCCUGGACAUCGUCAUCUCUCUCGUCGGAGCCAUCAGCAGCAGCACGUUAGCCUUGAUCCUGCCACCGCUGGUCGAAAUCCUCACGUUUUACAAGGAGAAGCAAAGUCUGUGGAUGCUUCUGAAAGACGUCUGCAUCGCCUCCAUGGGCGUGAUUGGCUUCGUAACCGGAACGUACGUGGCCGUGAAAGAGAUAGUUUAUCCGGCUUCUUUGAUUUCUCUCAACGCUACAGAGCCGUCUCCGGGCUCUUUCAAUGUUUCGCACUUAGCCGGGACGCCGGUUCACCUUGGAAAAGUAUGAACUUUCUGGAGCUCCUCGUUCUGGACUUCUUUGAGAACCAAAAAAUCUGAAUGUGAAGGUUUGGAGAUGGGAGCCUGUCAAUUGCAUUUUGGGCCCGAGGUCUUUGCAUUCCUUCCUUUCCCAUUUGACCUCACGAAGAGCACUGUUUCAAAGUAUUAUGGCUUCCCACAUAUUUAUUUGCAAAUGGGACCAGAGAGCAAAACACUAUUCUGACACCACGUUUGGCCGAUACAAACCAACGACUUUCCCGUUCAUGUCUUGUAUGGCCACAGUCUGCCUGUCCAAGCUCUUCUCCGUCGCAAGCCCCACAGCAGUUGAGAGAAUACAGAUGUGCUUUUAAAAUGUGAAUUCUGUUAGGUUGGUUAUGGGGCUUAGCCACAGACACCUCUCAGUAGGUUCUGCUCCCCCAGGGGCCAGGUUUUGAGCUAGCUCCUCCCUGCAGUUUCCUUCCCCUUGCAGGUCACUGCCCAUGAAAUGAAAUGUAACUAAAUGAACAGGUUCCAAAGCACAGGGUAAAGAGAGACCAAAUGUGUCAAAGUUGUGUCUUCAAUUGCAGUGAUGAGGAUAUUAAAACCUGUUUAUGCAAAACAACAAAAGUAACCUCUGCUGCGAUGAGAUUUUGCACGUGCAAUGUCUGCUUAGUUAUUUUUAGUGGAGCAGAGCCACGAUUAUGAGUUCCCGUGUAAGCUUGUUUUAAAUGGUUUUCUCUCUCUCUCUCCGUCAUAACUUGAUUUUGACUCUACAAACUUGCAAGCUCCUGUAUAUUUUUCUAUUUUAUUCCUAACACUGUAGAGCAAUUCCUAUAUUUUGUAC